AUGAAGAAAAUCCUAUAUUUGGGGAAUACGUUGAACCAAGGAACUGCAAGGGGUAAGGACCUCAUUAAGUUUUAUUUAUCAGGUGCUGGCAAGUUGAAAGGUUCAGCAAUUGGAUUCAAGUUGGACAGUCUUUUAAAACUUACAGAUACACGUGCUUCCAAUAGCAAGAUGACACUCAUGCAUUAUCUUUGCAAGUAUUUUAAUGUGGCCCAGGUGCUUGCCUCCAAAUCUCCAGCGCUUUUAGACUUUCAUGAAGACCUUGUUAGCCUGGAAUCUGCAUCAAAGAUACAAUUGAAAUCUUUAGCAGAAGAAAUGCAAGCUAUCAUCAAGGGGCUAGAAAAGGUGAAGCAGGAAAUGGUUGCAUCUGAAAGUGACGGCCCUGUAUCUGAAAUUUUCCUUAAGACCUUGAAGGAAUUUAUUGGUGUUGCUGAGACAGAGGUGGCCUCUGUGACAAAUCUGUAUUCUGUGGUGGGUAGAAAUGCGGAUGCAUUGGCACUAUAUUUUGGUGAGGACCCUACUCGGUGCCCAUUUGAGCAAGGUUCCUCGCGUCCCACCCAUUUGAAUAUCAGAGUCGAUCUGUCCAAGACUUAUGACAGACAUGAAUCUGGGCCGGAUGGUACAGAGUCAAGAACUUACACCAACUUAGUAGACACGGAAAUUGGGAUUUACGAGGUGCACCUUCAAUUGGCAGUUGUCCUUCAUUCUUGCAUAGCACAUUUUAUUCGUGGUUAUAUCAUGCGGGGCAGGCUGCCCAGGCGGGCCGGGGCAGAUUCCAUUAAAUCCCUUAUGUGCUAAACAAAACACUCAUUCAAGGUUUUUUUUCCCCAUUUUGAUUACGUAUGGACAACUCUCUCCUGACAGGGUGAAUGUGGAGGCAUAAUACCCUUAUCACCAAUUAAACAGCCAUCCGUUUCACUCUGGAAAAAAAAUGUUCCAAUCCCUUCAUUUUGAUCUUGUUUUCUUCGCAUUUCUGUUAUAGAUGAAUGAGAGAGAGAGAGAGAGAGAGAGAGAGAGA